UUUGAGAUCGUCCGUACAUUGUGUGUCGUUUAAAAGGAAAAAACUUCCGGAUUCAUACCUGCAUCUUCUAAAAUAAAAAUGCAAUUGAGCAUUUAAGGGUUACAUAAUAUUUGUACAGAAAAGGGACAAUAUUUGUUUACUCGUCAACAAUAUCAAAACGAAAUGGAAAGUGAGGACCAAGGAAGGAAAAGAGUCAACGGAUUAUCAAAUGCAAAAAUGAAUUACUGGGAUAUCUUCCGAAAGGAUGUUUCCGAAAACGAAAAUGAAAAAGCGUCCGGAGCAACAGAUACUUUACUAAGGGUCUUGAAAGUAGUGGCCUACUUAGUGUUCUUCGUACUUGUAUUUGGGGGAUCCAUCGUCACCAAAGCUUCACUUCAAAUCCUCACAAAUGAAUUUAACAAAGAAAAUAAAUCAAGAUUUUCAACAAAUUUAGCAAAAGAUGCCAUCGCCUAUUAUCUCCUGUUUAUUUUGACGAUUCCUGACGCUGUUAAGCUAUUGCUGUCAUUAUUCAGAUUUGUGUUUGGAAAACGUGCGUUACCAACUAUUGCACAGAUGGUUGUUAUGGUUGUUAAAGAAUGCCUACACAUGUUUUGUCUAGCAAUAAUCGUUUUCUUGGUUAUGCCAAAACUUAACUCUAUUGAAGUGUGCGCUUUCUUGGCUGGAAUGCCAUUGGUUCCUUCAAUUCUUCAUACAAUUUCAUACCGAAGGAAAUGUACCAAGAGAUUUUGUAAACAAAUCUUAAAUAUUCUUUCAAUUUUACUGCAAGCAGCAGCCGUAUGUGCAGUCCCACUUUAUAAAUCUUUCAAGGACCAGAUAACAACGGAAGAAACAUUCUGGAUGAUAUUCUCUUCUGUUCUUGUGAGUGUUCGAUGGUUUGAGACUUAUUUCAAAUAUUCUAGUACCUCAAGAGUGUUUAAAACAUUAUUUGCUUAUGAGAACAGAAUUGAGACACACUGUGCGUCAACGCUAGUUACUAGCUUCAGUCGCCUUGUUCUUAUUAUCGGUCUGUUCCCCACUUAUUUUGCGCAAAAUAUCCAUCGACCAGAAAUUGCUUUCGAAAUGAAACCAGAGCUUCACAUUGAAUGUUCAAUAUCUCAGUUGAACAGUACUAGGUGCACACAUUAUGCUGAUCCUUCGCUGAUGACGCCGUUCCUUGUUCAUUUCUUUGUGUGUAUGGGGCUGUAUUAUGCGGCAGUAUUAGCCACUAAAGUGUGCAUGGAUCGAAUUUGUUUCUGUGUGGCACUAGCUUUAGGUGCUCCAGUAUAUGUUGGGAUAAUUGUAAUAUCACGAGUAACCGACAACUGGAUAUCUAAUACUUUCAUUAAAGAUGUUGAUAAUAUGGACUUAUACGUCAUGGUCGCCAUUUUCGUCAUAGCAUGGUUAUCGCAGUUGUGGAUUUGCCGUCAUAUUUGGUACAGCCCACACAACAGACUGACAUUUGAGUACAAAUUAUUUGUCCUACCCCAUUACUGCAGUCCGAUAGCGGAUAUUUCUUUAUUACACAGCAGGAGGAUUGUGUAUGGUACAACCGAGUCCAAGAAAUACGAAGAAUCUAUACCGACGAAGGUCUAUAUAUGUGCAACGAUGUGGCAUGAAAAUAGAACAGAAAUGAAGCAAAUAAUGAAAACUUUAUUCAGGUUGGAUAUGGACCAAGCAGCCCGAGAGAUAGCCAAGUAUGAAGUUAAAGUGCCAACUAAUCGUAGUCUGUUCGGUUCUAAACUGGACAAAGAUGCUAUCAACAGAGACUACUAUAGAUUUGAAGCUCAUAUAUUGUUUGAUGACGCUAUGGAGACUAUAGAAGAAAAACGUGAGCCUAAUGAAUUUGUGAAACAGCUAAUGGAAAUCAUCACUGAAGCUGGAACUGAUGUUUAUAAAAUACCGAUAAAUAUGUUACCUCCGGACAAAGUUGUUACACCCUAUGGUGGAAGACUGAACUAUACUCUACCUGGAGAAAAUAAGCUUGUUGUUCAUCUUAAAGACAAGGACAAAAUAAGGCACAAGAAAAGAUGGUCACAGAUAAUGUACAUGUAUUACUUGCUUGGAUAUAAACUAGUGGAAAAAGAAAUAAGCAGUCCUUUAGAUGAAGAUUUUGAAAGCGCAUCAUCAUUAUUUCACGCAUUACCGAAAGACAUAGUUCAACAGGCAGAAAAUACAUAUGUCAUGGCUUUGGACGGUGAUGUAGAUUUUUCACCAGAAGCUCUCCAGUUACUGAUCGAUAGAAUGAAGAAAAAUCCAAAAGUCGGAGCAACAUGUGGCCGCAUUAAACCAGGAGGAUCGGGUCCAGUGGUUUGGUACCAGAAAUUUGAAUAUGCUAUUGGACAUUGGUUGCAAAAGUCAGCAGAACACGUCUUUGGAUGUGUAUUGUGUAGCCCUGGAUGUUUUAGUCUUUUCCGAGCUAAAGCUUUGAUGGACGACAAUAUCAUGAGGACAUAUGCCAGCAUGCCAACAGAACCAAAACAUUACCUGCAGUAUGAUCAAGGGGAAGACCGUUGGCUCUGUACAUUAAUGCUGCAACAAGGUUAUCGAAUAGAGUAUUGUGCAGCUGCGGAAGCAGUCACAUUUGCACCUGAGGAGUUUCGAGAAUUUUUCAAUCAAAGGCGAAGAUGGAUGCCAUCAACAAUGGCAAAUAUUUUGGAUCUUCUAACAAGUUACAAGCGUACAACAAGAAACAAUUCAAACAUUUCCUAUCUUUAUAUUUUCUAUCAAUGGAUUUUGUUUCUGUCGUCUAUUCUUGGACCAUCUCUUGUAUUACUGGCAAUGCGGUCUGCUAUUAGUUCUGUUUUUAAGGAUAGUGUUAGUCCAUGGGUUGCUUACCUUCUGAUUUAUGGUCCUACUUUAGUUUUUAUUUUCAUCUGCCUAAAAUGUAAAACACAGACACAGUUGACAGUUGCAAUGGCUCUAAGUGCAAUUUACGCAAUGUUUAUGAUGGCAGUUUUAGUUGGAACCGUUGUUAACAUAGCAGAAGAGGGAAUCUUUACUCCAACUGCUGUUUUUAUGUACGUUCUUAUUGGAAUCUUCCUAAUAGCAGGUCUUUUUCAUCUUCACGAAUUCACAGAUUUAUUCUGGGGACUUUUGUACUUCGUGUGCAUACCAGCCGGAUAUUUGUUUUUAAUUGUAUAUGCAAUAUGUAAUCUAAACAACGUAUCUUGGGGGACACGAGAAACACAAACGGCGGUUCUCGAGCAGCAGUUUGAUGGCAAGCGAAAAAAGAAAACAGAGGAAGAAUUUGGAAUUGUCUCUGAAGAUAUCCUUGAUGAUAUUCUGAAGCAAAUAAAGACAACAAAAGUUAAAAAUGCGUCAUAUUCAGAUCUAAUUCCAUCGUAUUUUCAAUGGCACAAUAAUCUUGUACUAUUACGAUCUUUAGAAAGUGUGCAGAACAUUGUUAAAAAUACUGAAUCGACAAUACCUGACGAUGGUUCUGAUCUACGACAAACGAGAAGAAAACGGGUAAGCCUGGCACAAACAAUCAAGGACAAACCAGAUUCGGAAUCUGUAGACGAUACAUCCUGGGCUGAAGAUCAUGGUCAAACAAAAGAAUUACAGGAUGACGAGAAAUUAUUUUGGAAGGACCUUAUUCUGAAUUAUCUGAAACCAAUAGAUUCGGAUAAAAAGAGAGAAAAAGAAAUAGCUCGAAGUCUUAAAGAGUAUCGAGAUAAAGUAGCCUUUGCAUUUUUCUUCGUAAAUGCAUUGUGGGUUGUCGUUAUGUCUGCAAUGAAUGAGGUUAAAGGUCAGUUGAACAUAAAAAUUCCAGUAAUUGGUAGUAACACUGGCAUUGAGCCACUUGGACUUAUGUUUUUGUCAAUAUUUGCCCUUCUUCUCUUUAUGCAGUUUAUUGGUAUGGUGCGACAUCGAUAUGGUACACUCCUUCAUGUUUUGUCAGCAACAACUCUGAGACAUACUCAGGGAAACCCGGAAUCAAUAAUCAACCGAAUAAAAGAUAUUUCUUCCAUUUCGCCGGCCAGUGAGCCAGAAUUUGUCACCACCAAAUUGAAUCACGUAGGCCAAAGUGGUGCUUCGGAUACAUCAACAGUGGACAUGGAAGAAAUCGAUCAAAUUUACGAGAACAUCUAUGACUUAAGGUCGAAGAAGAAAAAUGAGCUCGGGAAAUCAGUCAAAAGACCUACAGCUCAUCUUUCCAAUAUGCCAUUUGAUCUGAAAAAGACAUUCCGUACAAAUGUUAAGACUAUGAAACGGCAACACAAUGGCAAUAAAAGGUAUAAGCAAAAAACAACUGAAAACAAAGUUUAGAAAUUAUAUGCAAAUUGAUUCGGUAUCAUUGGAGAAUGUCGGAGACAAAGACUAUCAACGGUUAAUAAGACGGGAUUCACUCGCAGGAUUAUAUUGAUGUCAAUUUAAUUUCAAUUUUUCAGUUUAGAUAAUUAUAUAUUUUGGUAAACUUUAGUAAAAUCUCGUCCAAGCAAAGUUAAUCGUUCACGGUUUAAAUGCAUGUUGGUUUUUAGUAUAAUUUAGGUAACCCAAGUUAUGGUUCCAACUUCUUAAAGUAAAGUUGAACUU